AUGUUUGAGACCGUUGAAGACGCUACACAGUUUAUCAAUGGCCAAUUACUAGCGAGAGGUUAUCUGAAGACGGGAAACUCUUUAAAGAUUGAUGGCGCUCCAGAUGAUGCAAGGUUAGUGAUAAACACUAUACAUAAAUUGUUAAAAGCGGUUCAAUCUAAGGACCAGCAACUCACGGAGGCUCAAACGAAGUUACAAAGGCUGCAGAAAGCUGUCCCUGAACCACAGCCAAGACCUACAACUCCGCGUGAGCCACCCAGGGAACCACCCAAGAGACCGACACCGAACAAGAUUGUGAAGAACAAAGAUGAAUUACUGAGGAAACUGUACAAGGUGCGACUCAAUGGUCUCCAAUCCACAAUCGAUGAACUGAAAGAUCGGUUCCAUCGAGAAAGGCGAUCUACAAACAUAACAUGGCAAGCUCACCAAGAAAUCACUACACAAACAAACCCACAGAUACAAGAAGACUUCAGCGAUCAAUUGACCCAAUUGCUAGCCCGCGAAUCACAACAAUAUGAAUUUGAUAAAGAACUACAAAAGUUUCUCGCGAACGUCAACAGAUUCACAUACUCAUGUGCGGUCCUCGGUAUACCAGACAUAGACUUACAACCUCAACCACCACACACUUUUGACUACUUCAAGAGCCAUGAAAAGGCUGAGCUAGUAGAGUGCAUCACGGAUUGGUACGAGAUUGUUGAUAUAUCGAGAAGGCCCGUGCGAAUUGAUCACGAGCCUUGA